AUGCUUCUUCCGUUUUAUGAAAUAAACGAAAGCAACGCUCAAUUUCAUAAGUGUGAACAGUGUGAUGUCCUACCUGGAGUCUUAGGCCUCAACUCAUAUAAGUUUUAGGUUCUUCAGUGCUCCGCAUUGUGAAUUAUUUUGCAGUGUCGGAAAGUAAGAAUAGAAAAACCUUAGCAUCAUGGAAUCUAUUCUCGAACAGCAACGCCGGUGUCACGAAGAAAGGGAGAGGGUGAUGGAGGCCAUGACAAGUGAGAUGCUUCUGCAGAAAAAGACGCAAAGAGAACAGAUAAAUUCAGAUCAUCGACUGAAAGUCCUCCAUGAUAGAUAUGCAGAGACCACGCGGGAGCUAAAAGAACUGUAUGAGGACAAGGAUGGUGUGAGAAGGGAAGAAAUUCAGACCUUGGCUGGACCGAACGAGUAUGUUGAGUUCAAGAAAAGACUGACAGCAAUUGAACAUUUCUACAAACAACAUCCAAAUGAAGUGAGCAUCCCAAUGUCCCUUGAGUUUGAUGAACUGGCAAAACAAAGAGAGGCUCCCACUGAGGAAUCACAGAAUAUGGUCGACUUCACUGAUGAGGAAGGCUAUGGUAAAUACCUUGACUUGCACAAGUGCUAUGAGCAGUAUCUUAACCUGAAAGGAGUUGAGAAAAUAGAUUACAUCAACUUCUUAUCAACAUUCGACCAUUUGUACGACAUUCCCAAAGACAGAAAAAACGCUGCUUACAGAGAGUACUUGGUCUUCUUGUUAGAUUAUCUGGGUGAAUAUAUGUCCAAAAUAAAGCCACUGACAGACCUGAGUGAUGAAGUGGAACAAGUACAAUCAGAGUUUGACAAGAUAUGGAGUGAAGGAAUGUUUCCUGGCUGGCCGAAAGAAGCAACUGGUGCUUUGACCCAUUCCGGAGCUCAUCUUGACCUGUCUGCUUUCUCCUCCCCAGAGGAACUGGCGUCUUUAGGACUGGAUCGUCUGAAAUCUGCUUUGAUGGCUUUGGGUGUGAAAUGUGGAGGUACUCUAGAGCAGAGAGCCCAGCGUUUGUUCGGUACAAAAGGAAAGAACCUAGAGGAGCUGGACCCUUCGUUGUUUGCCAAGUCCAAACCUGGGAAAGCAGGGAAAGUUGGAAAGAACAAGGAUUCGGAAAAACAGAGAGAGAUUGCUCUGCUGGAGGCCCAGGUGUACAGACUGUCAGAGUUGCUGAGCGAGCAGCGGUCGGCCACCAGAGACAACGUCCAGCGCAAGCAGGCACAGACAGGGGAGGAGAGAGAAGAGUCAGAUGACGAGAAGUACGAGGAGUCUGACUCUGAUGACGAGGGAGAGGACGCUCCUUACAACCCCAAGGGCCUCCCCACAGGCUGGGAUGGAAAGCCUAUACCAUACUGGUUGUACAAACUCCAUGGCUUGAACUUGACCUACAACUGUGAGAUCUGCGGCAAUCACCCCUACAAAGGACCCAAAGCCUUCCAGAGGCAUUUUGCUGAAUCAAGACAUGCUUUAGGAAUGAGAUGUCUGGGCAUUCCAAACACUGCUCAUUUUGCCAAUGUGACCUCCAUAGAGGAUGCCCUUGCCUUGUGGACUCGAAUCAAGUCUGGUAAAGAGGCGGAGAGAUUCAAGGCGGAUACUGAGGAGGAAUAUGAAGACUCACAAGGCAACAUUAUCAACAAGAAGAUGUAUACAUUGCUGAAGAAAGAGGGGAUAUUAUAAAUGUCAGGCUGGUUCUUUUUAUUGGGGAAAUAAGCAGCAAUUAUUUGAGAGGAGUCGAUACAUAGAAGAUAUUAUACAGAUAGGACAAUGUAGUUUUUUCUUGGCAAGAUACUUCGCUAAGCAACUUUGACACUGACUUAAAAGUAAAACAUGCCAUGAAAAUGUUUGUAGGCUGCCUGUAUGACUUGUUAGAAUGGGGUUGUUCAGCAAACCUUUUUAGAAAAGAAUGGAAGACUUGAGUGCACAGUGUGGUCCUGUUGGUCUUUUUUAUAAAAUGGGGGGAAAAUGAGGGCUAAUUGUGCUGCAGCCAAACCAAAGUAAGAUCAGGUUCAAAUUGGACUUGCUUGUGUUUCCACGUUAGGAAAGUGAAUGAAUUUCUAUGAAAACUUCGCACAUGCUCAAAGCUCUGAUGGAUAAAGGAUUAGGUCAAAGAAAUAAUAUGUCAUUGUCUAUGUUACAUUUUAUCACAAUGUUUUUCUUCUGUUGUAAUACAGGUCAUAAAAAAUACAAAAAUGUGAUUUUCAUA